AUGGCCGCUAAUACAACCGGUAAUAACAGCAUUCCGUGUAUUCUGCAGGAAGCCUGGCCUGAGGGUCCAACAUUCAAGGUUUUUCUACGUUGCAAUCGGCUAAUUCUCCUCUCUGUCCUCGGCUUGCCGGUGUGUAUGGUUGGCAUUGUCACCAGCGGCCUUAGUAUCUGCCUGUUCUGUCGUGACAAGACAACGCCGCGAACAACCUGCAAGCUUCUGAUCGUCACCUCUCUGAUUGAUGUCCAGUUUCUCCUCUUUUCUCUGCUCUAUCUCCAACCACUGACCUUUUGCAAACGUAGUAGUCCCUUGCGACGGCUCCUUCUAACCAACAUAAUUUUCUCGUUCGUUAACAUUCUUGAAUGUUUCAGGAAUUGGUUGGUUGUACUCAUCGGCGUGGAACGCUUCCUAGUCAUCUGCUUUCCCGUUCGCAGCAAAGUGUGGUGGACUGGGAAGAUUACUGACAGCCUCAUGGCCGCUUGUUUUGUAUUCUCCGUCGUGGUUCGACUCCCGCUCAUCUCCUACCUGUCACUCGAGAGCGUAAAACCAAAGGGUUCAGUGACGGCUUGGCUUUACCAACUGCACUCCUUCACUGACAGCAUACUGGUCACGCUAAUCCCACUGAUUAUUCUAAUUGUCUGCAGUCUGCAGAUUGGACGUGGUCUGCAGCAGUCGGAUCAUUUUCGUUGGGGGCAGGGGAAACAUCCAGAGCGACAGAGAGCGUCGACUUCUAGCACCAGCUCCAACUGCAGUGUUGCGCGACGCGUUAAACUGACCCGUGGCCUCCUCAUUGUCAUCGUCACCUUCACUCUGUUCAUGCUGCCCAUGGUGCCUGUGAGUAUUGUUCAGCUGCUUUCACAUCACUUCUUUACUUCCAGUUGUACCUACUUUAUCACUCUUCACGUCUGCUCCUAUGUGGCCACACUUGGCUCACAGAUGAACUCAACGGCAAACUUUUUUGUCUACAUCGUCUACUGGGGCAAGUACCGGAAGAUGCUUAAGCGGAUGUUGGGCUGUCAAUACGCGAAACGAAUCCUGUCACCUAAAAAGAGAGUUUACUAG